AUGUGUACCAAAGAGGGGAUUGUUGCUCUUUUUUUGCCAUUUCCUUUUGGAUUUUACUGCAGGGCCAGACCAGUGAGAUCUAUGGCUACCAGAUGGGACAGAGGUCGGUCCCUCGAUUCCCCCAUAUGCAUGCUUCGAUAUGAAGAGAAAAGGCGAUGGGGCAUCCAGCCACAAUUAGGCUUUUUGUGGGUAAGGUCCUGCUGCUACUGCGUACUCUCCUGGCGCCAUUCCAUUUUUAGCAUUGCCAGAUCCUGA